GAUGACCCCGGGCGGGGGCGUCUGUCCUGGAGAAAGUCCGAGGCGGGGAUACGGGGCCAGCACGACCUAGGCCUCGAGUGACCCCUGGGCUGGAGCGCGGAGGCCUUGGGCGGGACGACCCCCCGAGCUGGGCUCGCGGACGGGGCGGGGCGACCCCGGGGUUGGAGUCCGGGCGCACAGGUCGCUGGCGCGGGAUCGGGUUGUGGGGUUCCCCGUCACGGAGCGGGGCGCGGGGGUCCGUGGCGCGCCAGGAUCCCCGGGCGCGGGUCUCGUCCCCCCUACUCCGUCCCCAGCCCCGCGGCUCCGGGCGGUUGUUAACCUGGGGAGCGCGCAACCGGCCGGGCCAGACUCUAGUCCUGAGUCAGGGGCCUUCGCGGCCGGGGCGCAGACCUGCUCAGGGUCGCCUGCUCUCGGGGCGGGAUCUGCGGGCCAAGCGAUGGUGGUGGGCGUGCAGGUACUUUCUGGGGACUCCGGACCUUCGGGGCUCCCAGCCAUGCAGCAGCUGGUCCUGUGCGAGCUAGACCACCCCAGGCCCGAGGGGGAGCUGCUGCCAUGCCUCCGCUCCGCGCCCCCCCAGCCACAGCUGAACACGCGGCCCUGACCCUGGGUGUCAGCAGCAGCCCCCAGAGGAGCCAUUUCCUGGGUCAGCCAGGCUGCCCCCGGCCCUGAGGACUGGCCCCCCGGACUAUGCCAUCCAAGUUGGCGAGCUUAGGGCACUCAGAGACCGCCUCCCAGCAGCCCACUGUCCAGGGAUGUCUGCGUCCUGAAGGCAGCAUGCUCAAGGGACUGCUUCCGAACAGUGUUGAAGAGCCUGUCCCCUGCCUGGGGUCCCCCGCUGCUGGCGACCGUCGGGGACCCGAGAGGAGCUCAGAGCUCCCCCCGGAUACCCCAGAGCAAGUCAGCAACAAGGACCCACAGGCCCAAGCAAGACCCUUCACCCCGAAGCCGCCGCCCCCGAGGCCCAGGCUGGAGCGGGCGCUGUCCCUGGAUGAGAAGGGCUGGAGGAAGAGGCGUUUUCGAACCAGCCGCGAGGACCUGACUGUGCGGAAUGGGGCCAGCCCCUCGGGGGGCUCCCUGCAGGACGAGGCCCCCGGGACCCCCGCCCGCAAUGGCUCCCCACCCUGCCUGAGCACCUCCCUGCAGGAGAUCCCCACGGCUCGCAGGGCCCCAGGCAGCGGGGGGCCCUCCUCAUGGGGAAACUGUCUUUCCGGGAUGAUCAGCACGUCCCUGGACCUGCUGCACCGGGAAGGGGCCUCAGCCGGGAACACCCCUCGGCUGGCCAGCCUGCUUUCCCCGCGCCCGCUGCCCGCCAUGGCCCGCAAUGUGGCCUCCGAAGGCCUGCGGACAGCGAACAAGGUGGACCCGGAUCACACCGACUACAAGCUCCGGCUGCAGGCAAGGCUGUUCCGGGCGCACAGCAGCCUGGGCCCCGGCCGGCCCCCGAGCCCCCUGGCCUACGAUGACUGCUCCCUUCAUUCGUCCAGGUCCACCUUCAGCCUCCUGGCGCCCAUCCGUGCCAAGGACGUCCGGAGCAGGAGCUACCUGGAGGGGAGCCUGCUGGCGAGUGGGGCCCUGAUGGGGGCGGAUGAGCUGGCCCGUUACUUCCCGGACCGGAGCGUGGCCCUGUUCGUGGCCACGUGGAACAUGCAGGGCCAGAAGGAGCUGCCGCCGAACCUGGACGAGCUCCUGCUGCCAGCCGAGGCUGACCUGGCCCAGGACCUGUAUGUCGUGGGCGUCCAGGAGGGCUGCUCCGACAGGCGGGAGUGGGAGGCACGGCUGCAGGAGACGCUGGGCCCGCACUACGUCAUGCUGUACUCGGCGGCCCACGGCGCGCUCUACAUGGCCGUGCUCAUCCGCAGGGACCUCAUCUGGUUCUGCUCAGAGGUGGAGAGCUCCACAGUGACCACUCGCAUCGUGUCCCAGAUCAAGACCAAGGGGGCCCUGGGCGUCAGCUUCACCUUCUUCGGCACCUCCCUGCUCUUCAUCACGUCCCACUUCACCUCCGGAGACGGGAAGGUGGGCGAGCGGCUGGUGGACUACAGCAAGACCGUGCAGGGCCUCGCCCUGCCCAAGAAUGUGCCGGACACGAGCCCCUACCGCUCUGACGCUGCGGACGUUACCACCCGCUUCGAUGAGGUCUUCUGGUUUGGGGACUUCAACUUCCGCCUGAGUGGGGGGCGCGCGGCCGUGGAGGCCAUCCUGAAGCAGGACCUCGGCUCCAGCGUGCAAGCUCUGCUGCAGCACGACCAGCUCACCCUCGAGAUGCAGAGAGGGUCCAUCUUCAAGGGCUUCCAGGAGCCGGACAUCCACUUCCUGCCGUCGUACAAGUUCGACGUCGGGAAGGACUCAUAUGACACCACCUCCAAGCAGAGGACCCCGUCCUACACGGACCGCAUCCUGUACAGGAGCCGCCACAAGGGCGACAUCUGCCCCAUCAAGUACUCCUCCUGCCCCGGCGUCAGGACGUCCGACCACCGCCCCGUGUACGGCCUGUUCCGGGUCAAAGUGAGGCCGGGGAGAGACAAGUCAGUACCCUUGGAUGCCCCUGCUCCCGGGCCCCAGGCGGGGGGCGGCCUGAGAGCACAGCCUGGUCUCUGCAUGUCCCAGUGCCCUGAGGGGAGCAGGGUUCUGGGUGCCCCGAGGGGAGGUGGCUGUGCAGUGGGUCAGAAGCCAACGUCAGGUGAGCAAUGCACGAGAGGGUGGGGACCUUGCCCGCACCCCGAGCCAGCUAGGCCUCCCAGACACAUGCCCCCUAAAACAGCUGGUGGGCGGCGGGGGCCACCUACCAAGGGGCUGGCCUGGCACAGGCGGGAGGCAGCAUCCCCUGGCUGCCGGCACACAUCUGCGGGUGGGCGCACGGCUGGUGGGGCUGGGCGCAGCCCCAGGGACCUAGGCCUCAGCUAUGCCCAGCUCUUCCACAUGCCACCUGCCCGCAGCUGACACCCAGGUGCGGGGGCUGGGAGGACAGUGCCCUCCUGAUGGCCCUUCCUCCCCAGCAUCCCGCUAGCCGCCGGCAAGUUUGACCGGGAGCUGUACCUGCUGGGAAUCAAGAGACGCAUCUCCAGAGAGAUCCAGAGGCAGCAAGCACUCAAGAGCCAGCACGCCAGUGCCAUCUGCACCAUCUCCUGAGGCCUCCUGAGGAAGCCCCAGGGACGGACUCUUCCCGGAAUGGAACCAGCGUGUCCCCGCAGAGCCCUCUCAGGCUGGGCUGUGUGGGCCUGACCCUGACCUCCCCGCACCGUGGCGGCCGUCAGCGGCAGAAGGACCAAGUUGGGCUGGCCGAGCGCAGGUCGCAGGCCCUGCGGGCAGGCGCCCUAACCUCGCGUGUUAGGUGAUCACGUGUGCACAUCCUGGUUCACCGUUUGAAGCAGCACCGCACCCCCCCCCCCGCCCCCCGCCACAACCCAGACCAAGAGCUGCCUUUCCGGCACCCAGUGGCGGGCAGGGUGCGCUGCUGGGAACCAGGAGGGUAAGCCGCUGCUCAGGUCCACAGACUGCCUUGCUGUCCUCCCCUAGCCGUCGGGUCCGUCUGCUGAGGUCACGUCCGCCCAGAGCAGCAGCACAAGGGACGCACUUCAGCAGCUGCUGGAAGUGCGGGGUGUCGCCACUUUGCUGGCCGAGGCCGCCCCACCGAUGUCUUUUCUUAAAGUGCAUACAGCCUGUUACUGCCUUGUGGCUUACCCCCUCUUUAAAAAAAAAAAAAAAAGCAUAGGCUUUGAAUGUGGGAAAAUCUAGGGGCAUUCAAUCUAGUCUUCUAAAUUAUUUAUUUUUCCAUAUUUAUAUUUUUAAAUAAAUGCACAUAUUGAAUCUUAAGCUCUUUCUGGCCAAAGAUUGGGUCCUAGAAAGACCAGUCUUGCACACCUGUGCUUGCAAGGCCCUUUCGAGCACAGGCUGUCACUGUGAGGGGGGAGCUCAGCCUCACCCGGCCCCGUCCCGUUUACACCCGCGCACGGCCCCAGGUAAGUGUUCUCGACAGAUCCUGUGGAGUGAUAUUAAGUCACUUCCAACCAAUACUGUAUCCAACUUUCAUUAGCCUCCGCUUCCAAAAUGUGUCUCCAUUUCAAAGUGAUCCACACCCAGUCUUUUGAUACGAAUUCAGAAAAUUCCAUGAAUGAAAAUGCAUGGCCUAUCCCAUCUGAUUUCUGGAAAUUCUUCAGACUGGAUGUAUAAAAAAUUUUGAUGAAUGUACCAUUGAGCUUUGAACCAAUUAACAGGAAGUCUCAUUAUAGAUUUUUGUGGUAACGGGGGUCACAAUGAAUGAGUUUUAUGGAUUCUUUCUUGGCAUUUUCUCUGACAAAUCAGGGAAAAGUUAGCGACACUGACGUGAAUUAGUUUUGCUUUAGACUGAGCUUCAUGUCCUGGGCUGGUGGGGGCCGGGUGGGGGGCGGUCACUGCACACAUCUCAUGGGUCCACAGUGAAGCGGUGUAUUUUAUGUAACCAAUUAGACUUACAUGAAUGGGAUUUUACUUGGAAAGUUAGGUUGAAAUUCAAAUUAAUGAAAAUGAAAUUGACCAGGGUCUACAAAAUAAGCUUCAUAAAGAACUGAAAUACAA